AUGGCAUUUUCCAUGGCUUCGCAGGAGGAAGACUUUUCCCUUGGCCGCUUGUUGGACGUGAAGUUCAACGAGAUUCAUGCCCGCCUAGACAAGUUCCAGGCUGCGAUUGACACGAAGGCCGACGACGUCAAGCUCCAAGGGGUGGACUUGGCUGUCCAAGGCCUUGAGGCUCAAGUCGAGACAGCGAGCGGCCAGAUUUCCAAGUUGGAGGAGGUUCUCAAGUCCAAAGCCAACGCUCGAGACGUGCCCACGUUGCCCCAGUUCCACUCCCUGGUGGAUGCGGUGCAGCAAAAGGCAGAGGUCACAGAGGUCCCCACCAACUCGCAGCUGGAGGCCGUCAAGAAGCUGCUGGACCUGAAGAUCGACUCGCCCGCUGUGGAGUCGAUUAAGGAGGCCCUCGAAAGUCAGCUCCGGACCCAUGCCACCGAGUUCCAAGAGAGUCGUGAGGCCGCCUCCAAGGAGGCAAAAAAGCAUAUGCAGGAGUUGGAUGACUUGCGUGUGGAGGUUGCCCGCAAGGCCGAGACUUCGGCCGUGCCGACGCUUCAGCAGUUGGAGCUCCGCUUGGGGGAUAAGGCGGAUGUUUCAGCUGUUCCGACGUACGAGCAGAUGCAGGCCAUGCUCCAGAUCCUGGAGCUGAAAGCCGACUCGGCAAAGGUGCCGACUUUGAACGACCUCAAGGCUCUGGAGGAAGUCGUCUCCACCAAGGCAUCUACCAGUCAGGUUCCGACCCUGGCCAACUUCGAGCUUUUGCUGCAACAUCGGUCUCAGGUCGAUGCUGAGCUCCGUCGCAUGCAGGAGGAGCUAGCACGCAAGGCGGACACCGGCGAUGUGGCCACUGCGCUAGAAGUGCAGCUCUUGAACCGCAUGCUCCAGAACAAGGCUGAAAGCAAGGACACGCCAACCUUGUCUCAGUUCCAAAUUCUGACCACGAACUUGGAGAACAAGGCCGACCGCUGGGAUGUGCCGAGCAUGUCCGAGUUCGUCGCUGUCAACGGCAGCACUGUCAAGAUGCACGCAUUUGAGGAUCUGCAAAGGCGCGGGUCUGUGGAUGCGGGCUUCUUCUCUUUGUAG